AUGGCACUGGCACGGGCACGGGAGCGUCGGGACGGUGUCUGCACCAAUCCAGAGCCACCUGCACCCCUCUGCCAGUCUACCAUACCCGCAGCAAUAGAUGGACGCUGUGAUGAGUCAGCUCUCAGGGAGAUCAGAUCAACCCCAACAAAGAUUAAACUCCUGUCUAUCGCGCACUAUAACCCCAGACCCCUCUGGCUGAAUAUAAAGAGCCCUUACAUACCGAGUAAAGAGAGCGAGAAGACCCCCGAGUGGCAGAAGACCGAGAAGUGUGAGCGCAGGCUGUUUGGUCGCUAUGGAGGCGCGUCUGGAGUGGACCCGGCCAAACUCUGGCCCUCUCACGUCCGGCUGGAGGAGCUGGCGGCCGAGGACAGAGAGUGGCACCCUCCGAUAGAGGUGAUGCUGGAGAGCAUCGCGGCCAGAGAGAGAGAGAGAGAGAAGGAGCAGAGGCGGAUGGAGAGGUGAAGUCAACCUGACUAGUCUCUGUUCAGUGUUUGCGAUCAACAGUGUUCAACAACUAACUCUACAUAACCCCAAAAUGAAA